CCCUUCUAUUCUGCACCAACAACCAAAUUCAAAACCAAAACCUCAAUUGCUCAUACAUACAUCUCUUUUCACCACCAAAUUCUUAAAGACUCGAAAACCAAUAUGAAUUCAGCUUGCAAAGCUUGGAUUGUGGCAACAAGUAUAGCUGCUGUGGAGACCCUAAAAGACCAAGGGGUGUGCAGGUGGAAUUUUGUUAUAAGGUCAAUGCAACAACAUGCCAAGAACAAUAUCAGGUCCUAUUAUCAGGCCAAGAAACUCUCUGCUCAGUCUUCUUCUGCUAUUUCUAAUACCAUAAAGCGGUCCAAGGAGGAUUCUAUAAGAAAAGUCAUGGACUUGAGCUGCUGGGGUCCCAAUACUAUUAGAUUUUAGUAUGUUAAUUCAAGAUAUGUAAUCCCAAUUUUCCGUGAGAUGAUUCCUACCUUUACUGGCUAUUAUUGUUUAUCUUAUUAAAGCAAAUUAAUGGUCAAAUUUGUAUUAUAUGAGCUUA